CGCUGAAUGCUGGGAUAGGCACGUGCUGUGUGCGCGAGGUGAGUUCGCUUUGCGUGAGAACGUGCAAAGAGGAAACUGACAUCGUGUCAAUAGCAGGGAGCUCGCAGUCAGUGCGUGGACGCGGAGACACAGAAUGAGCGACAAACCAGCCGAGGAUGUUUUAGGCCCUGAUGGCAAUCCCCUGUCGAAGAAGGCGCUGAAGAAGCAGCAGAAGGAUGCUGAGAAGGCUUUGAAGAAGGCAGCCCACCGACAGCAGGAACAAGCACAAAAUCCCCAGGCAGCAGAGCAGGAGAAGGAGGAUUAUGCCAAGGACCACUAUGGCCAGGUCCGCAUGAUCCAGUCUCGCGACAAACCCGACCGGACCUUGCUGAAAGUGUGCGAGUUGACGCGGGGUCUGGCCGACCAGAAGGUGUGGUUGAGAGGACGACUGUACACCAGCAGAAGUAAAGGAAAAUCAUGUUUCUUCGUCAUUAGACAACAGAAAUGGACAGUCCAAGCACUGGUGUCAGUUGGGGAGAAGGUCAGCAAGCAAAUGGUCAAGUAUAUUGCAAAUAUCAACAAGGAAUCCAUCGUCGAUGUUGAGGGUUAUGUGAGGACGGUCCCACAGAAGAUUGAAUCCUGCUCACAACAAGAUGUCGAACUUCAUGCAGAACAGGUGUGGGUUGUAAGUUCAGCUGCUCCAAGACUUCCCCUACUCAUAGAGGAUGCUUCACGACCUGAAACAGAAGGGGACUUGGCCCAUGUUAACCAAGAUACUCGUCUCGACAACCGCAUCAUCGACCUCCGGACACAGACCAACCAGGCCCUGUUUCGUGUUCAGAUGGGCGUGUGUAGACACUUCAGGCAACAUCUGGAGCAAAAUGGCUUUGUAGAGAUUCAUACGCCGAAAAUUAUAUCAGCUGCAUCAGAAGGCGGGGCCAAUGUGUUCGAGGUAACUUACUUCAAGACCAAGGCAUACCUGGCUCAGUCCCCUCAACUUUACAAGCAGAUGGCCAUAUGUGGAGACAUGGAUAGGGUGUUCACUGUCGGAGCAGUGUUCCGUGCAGAAGACUCGAACACACAUCGCCACUUGACGGAGUUUGUCGGCCUUGACCUCGAGAUGGCAUUCAACUACCACUACCACGAAGUUGUUGAUGUUAUAGGAAAUAUGUUUGUGGCAAUAUUCAAAGGUCUACAACAAAAUUUUGCAGAAGAAAUCGAGAUUGUCCACAAACAGUUUCCCGCUGAGCCUUUUAAGUUCUUGGAGCCAAGUUUACGCCUCGACUACCGUGAAGGGGUGCAGAUGUUGCAGGAGGUCGGAGUGGAAAUGGAGGAGGGCGAUGAUCUCAGCACCCCGAAUGAGAAAUUGCUUGGGAAGUUGGUGAAGGCCAAGUACGACACUGACUUCUUCAUUCUGGACAAGUUCCCGCUGGCAGUGCGGCCAUUCUACACCAUGCCUGACCCGGAGGACACGAAAUGGUCCAACUCUUACGACAUGUUUAUGCGAGGAGAGGAGAUCCUAUCUGGAGCCCAGCGAAUCCACGACCCUGACUUCCUGUUAGAGAGGGCAAAGCUACAUGAAAUAAACAUUGAGAAGAUCAAGGCGUACAUCGACUCGUUCAAGUAUGGAGCACCUCCACAUGCUGGAGGGGGUAUAGGUAUGGAGCGUGUCACCAUGUUGUACCUCGGGCUUGACAAUAUCCGCAAGGCGUCACUGUUCCCUCGUGACCCAAAGCGUCUCACUCCGUGAAGCAUGACGUACACUUCACCUCCAGCAAUAUCUUACAUUUCCUCUCUGAAUUCUUGAAUGCAUUGAUUGGGCUGGGAUAUUAAGCUAUAUUUUAAAUAAAAUAGUCUUCUUCUUAACAAUAAUAUAUAUUUUGUUGGUCUUGCAAUAGGUUCAGUCAGAACUACUUAGAAGUCAUUUCUCAAAGGCUCUGGUUCCAUUUUCCAAGAUUUCUAAGUAAGAUGUCUCUCUUUUGUCCAUAUUAAUCUGUAACACUUCUCUGUAGCUCCUCUGUACACUGUGGUGAUCCUCCAGCUACAGUGUACAUGUAUUUAGUAAGGCUGGGUUGAUACACCAUAACUGUAAUAUCUGAUAGGAUUCAGGUACUUGAUUUGUCUUUGGACUUUUAAGGCCUGAAGUCAUGAGAAUGUCUGCUCAUCAGCUUCCAGGUUUAAGUCUAUGGUGACUGCCAGCUGGAAUCUCAUCUGUUGUCAUAUAGCCCCAGGCAAUAUGUGGUAUAUCUCACACCACUGUGUAUGUGCAUUUAUACACCGUUGAACCGUACAAUAAGGUUAAUGAUGAGGACUUCUCUACCAACAAGGCCUCCCAACAUAAAACAGUGAUUUGCAAAUUAUUUAUAGAUUUUGCUUGUUGAACAAACAUUUGAAACAUACCAACUGUAAUAAGUUAAGAAAAUGCAUUUGUUAAUAUGCUGCUUUUGAGCAUGAGAGUACAUGUAUGUAUUUGUUAAUAGUGUUAAAAUACCAGCGUUGUGGUGCUGACAAGUGUAAAGUGUACAUACACCAUCAUUCUCAACAUGUCUGUUAUAGUUUUGUACAGAUAUCUUAAAGACUUAGGUGACUUUGCUUAAUAAGUGAGAAAAUUUCACUGCCA